AUGACAAAAAAGUGUCGGGAAAAUCGAAAUUGCAAAAAAUGUGGCAGAAAUUUUCACCACGAGUCAAUUUGCUACAAAGGAGCAAAACAAACGGAGGAAGAAACAAAAGUAACUACCAGUGUUACAGGAAAACAAGAAGUUUUGCUGCAGACGGCAACUGCGUAUGUUUAUGGGGCAGACAAGGCUCAGAGGAUGAAAAUCAAUGUUUUCUUCGAUAGUGGGAGCCAACGAAGUUACAUCUCUGAAGAAGUCAGACGAAAACUAAAUCUGGAAGUCGAAAGACAGGAAAACUUAAAUUUGAACACAUUUGGAACUGAGAAAUCAGUACGCAAGAAAUGUGACGUCGUUAAGUUAAUGUUAGAGACAGGAAUAGAUGAGACGCCAAUUUUGAUAAGCGCAAUAAGCUAUCAGUCUAUUUGUUCGCCUAUAAAUACGCGCAUAGACGUAAGCAAGUAUCAGCAUUUGAUAGGCCUUAAUCUAGCGGACAAGAAGCUAAGCGAGCAAAAUAGGCGCAUUGAUUUGCUUAUUGGUAAUGAUUAUUUAUAUGAUGUAAUCAUUGGUGAUGUCAUUAGAGGUACAUCAGGGCCAAUAGCAGUAAGUAGCAAAUUAGGAUGGCUACUUUCGGGAAAAGUACCAGGAUCCUUGGAGCCUAAAACCUAUUCUAAUGUGACUUCUAAUUUGAUUUUAGAUACGUCAGUUGGAAGGCCUGUCGAAGAAAAUGAGGAAAUAACACAAACGCUUCGCGAGUUUUGGAAACAAGAAUCAUCCGGGAUUGACAAGGGGAGUGAACCCACAAAUGAAGACAAACAAGACGAGCAAUUUGAAAUCACCUUUAAUGGUAAAAGGUACCAGGUAAGCCUUCCUUGGAAGGUUGAUAUAUCUUGCCUUAAUGAUGAUUAUAACUUGGCAUUAAAUCGCUUAAAAUUUUUGCUUUGCCGGUUAAAAGGAAACACUGAAUUAUUAUCUGAAUAUGAUAACAUUUUCAAAGAGCAAUUAAAAAACGGAAUAAUUGAGCAAGUCCCUGUGGAGGAGGAGAAUCAGGGUAAUCCUCAUUUUAUGAGUCACCAUGGUGUAAUUCGACGAGAUCGUGAAACAACAAAACUUCGUGUUGUUUUUGAUGGAAGUGCGAAAUCGCACAAGGAAGCUUUAUCUCUUAAUGAAUGUUUAGAACUUGGUGAUAAUUACAUGCCGCCAUUAUUCGAUACGUUAUUACGUUUCCGCUCACAUGCCAUUGCUAUAAUAGCUGAUAUUGAAAAGGCAUUCCUUCAGAUUGAAAUUGAUGAAAAAGACCGGGAUGCUUUACGUUUUUUGUGGUAUGACGACAUUAGUAAGCCGAAUCCAACGGUUAUUCAAUAUAAGUAUUGUAGACUGGUGUUUGGUUUAAGACCAUCGCCAUCUAUACUGGGAGCCACAAUUAAGAAACACAUUGCUCAAUAUGCUAAUCGAUUUCCUCGUGUUGUUAAAGUGUUAGAUCGGCUUUAUGCUGAUGACUUAUCAUGUAGCACAAAUUCUAUUGAUGAGGCGUUAGAGAUUUUCCAUAAGUCACGGGAGAUUUUGACCGAAGGUGGGUUUAACCUUCGCAAAUUUAAAACUAAUGACACAGCUUUGUUACAUGAAAUCAAAAAGGUGGAAGCAGGUAACGUAUCCAAUGGUGAUAAUGCGAAGGAGAUCAUACAAGAUGAUCAAUCCUUCGCUCAGCAAACAAUAGGCCCACCUCAAAGGGAAAAUAAUAACAAGGUCCUUGGAGUAAAUUGGGAAAGUAAAAAGGAUGAACUGUUUUUUGAUCUGGGGUCCAUUAUAGAACUAGCAAAAACACUUAAGCCCACAAAGCGCUCUCUUUUAAAGUUAGCAGCCAAGAUUUUUGACCCGAUCGGUUGUCUUAGUGUGUAUACCAUCAAUUUGAAAGUGCUUUUUCAGGAACUUUGCGUAGACAAAUGGGGGUGGGAUGAAGAGCUUUCAGGAGAAGCAAGGGAAAAAUAUGAUCGUUUCAUUUCGGAAAUAAGUCGUUUAGACGGGAUUCGCAUGCCAAGAUGUUUCUUUGACCCAGGUAAAAUAGUAAGCCAAGUCGAAAUACAUGGGUUUUCAGAUGCCAGCGAGACUGCUUACGCUGGAAUUGUUUAUCUCCGCAUUGUGUACGAUACGGGGGAGGUAAGCAUCAAGUUUGUCACUGCCAAGGCCAGGGUUUGUCCUCUAACAAAACAAAGCAUACCACGUUUAGAGCUUUUAGGGGCACAGUUACUCGCAAAAUUAAUCAGCACAGUAAAAGGUACUCUUGGGGAGGAGCUUCACGGCACGCCUAUCAAAGUAUUUUAUUGGGUAGAUUCGGUUUGCACUCUUUGCUGGAUAAAGAACAAUAAGGUUUGGAAGCAAUUUGUACGCCAUCGCGUGUCGGAUAUUUUACGAACUUCAAGCCGCGAUGAAUGGUUUUAUUGCCCGGGAUCUCAAAACCCAGCUGAUUUACCGUCAAGGGGUAUAUUUGGUCCCAAGUUAGAGCAAAAUCUUUUUUGGUGGGAGGGUCCGGGGUUUCUAAAACAGCCACCCACAAAAUGGCCUAAGCAAGAAGAUAUUUUCGAAUCCGGUUCCGCUUUAGAGGAAAGAGUAAAAUGUAGCCCCAAUAUCACGCAUGCUUUAGCAACUAAGGAAAAAGUUGGCAACGUUGUAGAUUUUGAAAG